AUGGCAAAUAGAAUCCUUUUAGAUUCAUCGUCAGAUGUUAAAGUUUUCCAGUGUUUCGCAAUUGUCCUCUAUUUGUCGGUAUCUCCUGUAACUACCAAUGGAGCUAAUGAAGACUGGAAAAAUAUACUGAAUCAAUAUUCUUUUAUUUGUGGCAGAGAUUUGAUCUGUGAUCAGUCUUUGAUAAACACCACGACCGAGACAGAAAACAGGAAAAUCAACGUCUCCUGCCCACAGUGUAGCUGUGAUAGAUUAUGUCGGAUUCAUGGUAACUGUUGUCUUGAUAUAUCGUUCAACACGUGCGUGCAAACAUCUUACGAUUUAGAAGGAAAUCAAAAAAUGUUCUUUAUGAAAAACGACUGUCCUUCAAGUGCUGAUGAGCGACUUGUUAGGAAGUGCGAAGAAGCGAACGUGAAUAAAAAUUUACUUAGAAGAAACCCUGUGACCUCGAAAUCAACUAAUAUGACAUAUAGCAAUACUUACUGUGCCAGAUGUAAUAAUGAUUUUAAGGUUCUCUCCUGGGUUAUUGAAACAAACUGCUCUAUCCUUAAAGAUGAAUUUUCCACUGUUGACGAAGUUUGGAAAUAUUUUCAAAAUAAACAUUGCUUCUUAAAUUUCAUCCCUUCAAAAGAAAUUCGCCAGAAAUUAGAAGUCCCUACCGAGUGUAUCUGGAAUAAAACUCUUAUACGAGAGUGUAAUGUCACAGGAAAGUUAUCUAGAUUUGAUUCACUCAUUGACAAUGCUUGUAAGAAGACUUAUCAGCCUUUUGAAUUGUUUCAAAAUCCCUUUUGCUUUUUGUGUAACAUUCGAGAUGUUUCGUUUGAGCCACCAAUAUCAACUUGUAAUGUAUCAGGGUGGAUUGAUUAUAUUCCGGCUGAUUUACAAAAUGCAUGCAUCAACACCAGUGUGGAGAUAUUGAGGUAUCCAUAUAAAAACAAAUACUGUGAAGAAUGUAAUUUAGUCAAAACAGGAAGAGGCGAUGUAAAAUUGCAAGAUGCUAUAUUGUCCAUUAAUUUUUACAACAGACGAGAGACGACAUACAUGCAUGGCGGUUUAAUUCUUACAAAACCUUUUUAUGUGUCUGAGUUUAGUGUAAGAAACUUAAAUUUCUCGUAUGAUCCCUCGAUAUCAGGAUAUUUAAAUGACAUGAGUUUUCAAACGACCCGUUUUCGAGAGAAGACUGAAGAUUUCGGCUGGUUUUUAAAGAAUAAAUGGUGUCGAAGAGCAAAGUCCCAUAUUUAUGCGGAGGCAGAGUUCUCAAAUGAUAUUUAUGGAGGUCACCCAUGUUCUUGUGAUUCAAAGUGCAACAAAACAAACAGUUGUUGUGAAGAUCCAAAAUAUGAUCUCAUUAUGAAGCAAGUCAACAAGUGGUCAUGCGUGGAGGUAUCUAUUCCUCGGCAUUCUAAUUCCAAUCAAGUUUCUUAUUUUAUGAUUAGUAAAUGCUCGGAGACUUACAACAACACGGAAAUAAAGAACCUUUGUGAAUCAGACAACGAACACUAUCUUAGUCUGAUACCAGUCACAGAUAAAAUUACGUUGGUAACGUACAAAAACUAUUUCUGCUUUCUUUGUGUUAUACCGAAUACUGAUCAUAUUCAAAAUCAGACUUAUCUAGUGCCCUGGGUAAUUUCUUUGGGAUGCCCUUACAGUUGGUACUUUAAGCAUGAGUCCAGCUUGGAGCUCAUCUUACAAAAGGCAAACUCCAUGAAAUGUAUGCUAAAUUUCCGACCAGCUCUCUCUAUUCCACCCAGCUGUACCUUUUCUGUAACUGGAAGCUUGUACUGUUCAAUUUGUGAUCAAAUAAGGACAAGUGUUGGUAGAAUAUUUGAAAUCCAUACUAAUUAUCGUACAAUUUUCUCGUUGUUUGAUAACGUCGACGAGACAGUUCAAGAAAAUCUUAAUACAAAAUGCCAGGAUGAUGAAGUAUUCGACAUUUUCAAGGGGAAAUGCCGACAGCUUUCCUGUUUCCCUGGGAAAACACUUGUGAAAGGGAAAUGUUAUCCAUUGAUUUCAGUCAACAAUUCACCCCUAAAAUACAACAUAGCCUUUAAAACAAGUGUCCAGGUACACAAAGUCUAUAUACAGAUGGAUCUUAACCAGUUAAUUCAAACAGUAGUUUCAUUUUUGACAGAAGAUCUACACAAUGGUACAGAUGUGAGUGUUAACAUCUUGGAAUAUCGGCAUCGCAUCAAUAGAGAUUGUAAAGAUACAAUAACGGUUAAUGAUUCAGAUCCAUUACAACUAAGUGUCCUUAUGAAAAUAAUUAUACAAGCAAAGAAUGAUAAAAUUGAUCAAAAUGGCAUUGAGCAGACUCUUUAUAACGCGUGUGGGAAAACUGGAUCCAUGGGAAAUCUUUCUAUGGAAUUUUCAGAGGAUGUAAAAGCGUGGUUUUUACCAAUCCCGGAGAAAACAUUGCCUUCUCUUCCAUUUUGUGACACGUAUUUUCAGUCAUUACGUCAAUAUAGUAAAGACCCUGGUAAUGACAUCACUAAGCUUCUGUUUUGUCCAGAACUGACAUUAUUGACUGAAGAAUUUAAGAUUUCGCGAGAUGGACUACAGGUAUACGUUAUUUCUUUGAACAAAACCUUCUUUUAUAAUGAAUUCUCCAAAGGUGAGAACAACACGGUACGAAUAUGUGCCACUGACUAUAUAUCUACAAAACAAUAUACUCACACUCAGUCAAGGCCUGGGAAAAAUUCAGAAAAUGUCUCUCUUGAAGUAUUGACAGUUCUAACUACAUGUAUAUCCCUUGUUUCUCUGGUUACAACAUUCAUUGUGUACUGUAUUCUCAAAAAGCUUCGCACCAUACCAGGACAAAAUUUAAUGUGUUUUGUAGCAUCACUGUUCUUUGCUCAAUUGUUUUUCCUCCUUAAGGACGUUUUCGAAGAUAACAAGAUGACAUGUAAAGUCGUUGGGAUAUUUAUUUACUACUUUUGGCUUUCUACAUUUACUUGUGCCAGUGUUUGCUCUUUCCAUAUGUUCCGAGUGUUUGUUUGCAAUGCUCGAUUUCAUGAUAGACUCCUCUGUAAUCACACCAUCAUACUGUACUCACUAUAUGCAUAUCUGGUUCCUUUAUUAGGUAUCUGUCUAACGAUCGGGGUCCAUGCGAGUGUCUCGCCAUCUUCUCCGACAGGGUUUGGUGGAAUCUUUUGUUUCAUUGACGACAAAAACACUCAACUUUACAGUUUCAUUCUUCCCAUCUCCAUCAUAUGCUUCAUAAAUUUCAUUUUGUUUUCUGCAACAUUUUAUAAAAUCCACACUGCUCCUACAGUUGAAAAUACUCACUGUCGAAACGAUCUUAAAAUUUAUCUUAAGCUUUUUCUGCUGACUGGUACAGCAUGGGUUUUUCAGAUCAUAGAUGGACUGUUCCCUGUUUCACCCUUUUCAUACCUAGUAACAGUGAUUAAUGGCUCACAGGGGCUUUAUAUUAUGAUUUCAUUUGUCUUUACUCGUCGCGUAAAACUUCUGUUUGAGGAGAUAGGCUUAUUUGAUAAGAUGGGCUUUAGAAGUGGAAAGAAAUCACAGAGCAGUGGUGAGACAAAUCUAACGCAGAAAAACACAGCACAGUCAGAACUUGUAAGAAUUAUUCAACUUUGA